GUAACAAGAGACCUCAGAAAACGUUUAAAAUGACAAGCCAAUGACACAGAACGGAGAGAACAAAGAGAGAGAGAGAGAGAGAGAGAGAGAGAGAUCCAAACGUUACGAGUCAACUAUGUCUCACUCUCUGACAGAAGCUUCAAACACACAGAAAAAACGUUCACAAACCAAAGGCACUCUUGAGAAAUGACCAUUUUGCCCUUCACUCUUUGCCUCCUUCUUCUUCUGCUGCUUUGACUCAACCACUCACAAUCUCUCUCUUUCUCUACCACAAUGGACGCCGGCGAAGCGCACUUCGGUUUGGAGCUCCGGAGGAGGAGUUCCGGCGACGCGGACUUGGAGCCGAACGAUCCGAAUCGACCAGGGUGGCGUCCUAAUUCUAGCGCCGACGAAGCUGCGGUCUCCGGCGCCACCGGCGGCGCUAGGUAUAAGCUGAUGUCGCCGGCGAAGCUCCCGAUCACGAGGUCGCCGUGCGUCAUGAUUCCUCCGGGGUUGAGUCCGACGUCGUUUUUGGAAUCUCCGGUGCUGCUCUCUAACAUGAAGGUGGAACCUUCCCCAACUACAGGGUCCCUUCCUAGGCUUCAUCUAACCGCACAUGGUUCUGUGACUUCUGCUGCAUCCGCUACAUUUCCUGCAACAAACGUAUGCUUCAAUACCAACAAUGUUGAUGACAGAAAAUCUAGCUUCUUUGAGUUUAAACCACACAGUAGAUCAAAUAUGGUUCCUGUGGACUUCAACAACCAUGCAAGUGAAAAAUCUACUCAAAUAGAUGGUCAAGAAAAAGCUCAAUCUUUUGCCUCACCACCAUUAGUCAAAAGUGAGAUAGCAGUCCCUUCAAAUGAAUUAAGUCUAUCAUCACCUGGUAAAAUGGUUAGCUCAGGGGUUAAUGCUCAUGUUGAAGCCGAUUUGGAUGAAUCUAACCACAGGGGAAACAUUGCAACUGGGCUUCAAGCAUCACAAGUUGAGGGUAGGGGCAGUGGACUUUCAGUUGCAGCUGAGAGAGCAUCUGAUGAUGGAUACAAUUGGCGAAAAUAUGGGCAGAAACAUGUUAAAGGAAGUGAAUUUCCACGCAGUUAUUACAAAUGUACACACCCUAACUGUGAAGUGAAGAAAUUAUUUGAACGCUCUCAUGAUGGGCAAAUCACUGAGAUAAUUUACAAGGGAACACAUGAUCAUCCUAAACCUCAACCAAACCGCCGAUACUCUGCUGGAACUAUUGUGUCUAUGCAAGAAGAGAGAUCGGACAAGGCUUCUUUGACUAGCCGAGAUGAUAAAGGAUCCAAUAUAUAUGGCCAGAUGUCUCACACAACUGAGCCCAACAGUACCCCAGAGUUAUCACCUGUAGCAACAAAUGAUGAUAGUCUAGAGGGUACGGGAUUAUUGUCAAACCAGAAUAAUGAUGAGGUUGAUGAUGAUGAUCUCUUCUCAAAGCGAAGAAAAAUGGAUCUUGGAAAUGCUGACAUCACUCCUGUAAUUAAGCCUAUCCGGGAGCCACGGGUCGUUGUACAAACUCUGAGUGAGGUUGAUAUAUUGGAUGAUGGUUACCGCUGGCGUAAAUAUGGGCAGAAGGUGGUGAGAGGCAAUCCUAACCCUCGGAGUUAUUACAAAUGCACGAAUGCCGGUUGCCCUGUAAGAAAACAUGUGGAGAGAGCAUCCAAUGAUCCUAAAGCUGUAAUAACAACAUACGAGGGUAAACACAAUCAUGAUGUACCAACUGCAAGGAAUAGUUGCCAUGACAUGGCAGGAUCAUCAGCUGCAGGUGCACAAACAAGAAUUAGGCCAGAAGAAAGUGAUACUAUUAGCCUUGACCUUGGGAUGGGUAUUAGCCCUUCUGCUGAAAAUAGUUCAAACAAGCAAGGGAGAAUGAUGCUUUCAGAAUUUGGGGACGGUCAAACUCACACCAGCAAUUCCAAUUUCAAGUUUGUUCAUACUUCAGCUCCAGUAUACUUUGGUGUUCUAAAUAACAACUCAAAUCAAUAUGGUUCUAGAGAUAAUCAGAGUGAUGGUACAUCUUUAAACCAUUCUGCUUAUCCUUGCCCGCAGAACAUGGGAAGAAUAAUAAUGGGUCCUUGAAAUUGUUUACACAAGAAGAUAAAUAAAAUGAAAUUCUGAGUAUCAUUUUACUUUCUUAUUUUUGGCGGGUAAAGCUUCAAAAGCAUAUAGCUCCUCAUUUUCUAUUUGAAUAUGCUGAUAGUUCUUUUAUGUUCA